GACGUGAAGGCUUGUGUUUCUCAGUGUUUUGAUCAAAGGAACACAGCUGUUAUAUGAGAACAUCUUGGAAAUGUAAUCUGAUUGCCCCAAGGCGUGGACUGGGCCUCACCAUCUGUCUCAGGCCACAAUUUGGCUGAGAGCUGUCUUUGACUGGACACCCCUUGCAUGCAUCUGCCAAGGGAAAUAACAAGGAGGUGAGGACAAGCCGGAGGUCUUGCUGUGCCCUUGGAAGUCUGCCUGAAGAUCUCAUCCAGCCCCUCUGAGGAUGGAGCGAUCCACCCAGGAGCUAUUUCUCAACUUCACUGUUGUCCUGAUUACAGUCCUCCUCAUGUGGCUCCUUGUGAGGUCCUAUCAAUACUGAGAGGCCAUGCCUGACUCCUGGGACUGACUGAGAUGCUCUGGAGCUGCCUGCUGCAUACCCUGAGGUCCCACUGCUAUCACUGUCAUGGGAGGCCAUUCUUGGCAUCCCGUGGCACCUCUGACCUGCACUCACAAUGCCUGACAUGCCCAGCACUAGGAUUGAUUGUGUUCUCUAAGAUGCUGCUCUUGUGGGCUGCCAAGUGUUUGCCAGUGAGCGUUAGAUUUAUUCCCCAACUCUUACUGCAAAAGUGUUAGAUAAGCCUCAAGGUUAAAAUUAAACUGGAUUCAUGAUGAUAUGGAGUUAUAACAAGCCCCUGAUCUGCCUCACCACACAUCUCUCCAACCCACACUGUCUGCAACCAAACUCUAAUUCAACCCUCCAGAAGAUAUGUUAGAGGAAGUCUUUGUCAGCCUCUCCAGUGAUCAUGUGAAUAAAGUUAAGUCA